CUGAUAUCGCCUUAUCAGUGCCCAAACUGAUACGUGGAAUUCAUGAAUCAUUCGAAAUCUUGUUUAUUAAACAUUCUGCAUUAUUCACUGCCUCUAAUUUCCAAUAGUUUUUAAUCAUUUUAGGAAUAAAAAAUUAAUAAACUGCGUUUUAUAAAAUGGCGACAGCAAAUCUAAAAAGAGAUGAAAUUUUACUGCUUUUUGAUGUGGAUGGUACAUUGACUUAUCCUCGCACGAAUAUCCAACCGGAAUUCGAAGCGUUUCUUUAUUCCAAAGUGAAACCACGGGCACACAUUGCUACAGUGGGUGGGUCCGAUUUGGAAAAAAUGUUUGAGCAGUUAAAUGGCCAAAAAAUACUUGAGCAGUUUGAUUUUCUUUUUCCUGAAAAUGGCUUGGUGCAAAUUGAUCAUGGUAAGGAAGCUGGGAAACAAAACAUAGUUCAACAUUUGGGUGAGCCAACAUUAAAAAGAUUUAUUAAUUUCGUGCUCCGCUACCUGUCCGAGUUGGAUUUGCCAAUCAAACGGGGAACAUUUAUAGAAUUCCGAAAUGGCAUGCUGAAUGUUUGUCCAAUGGGCAGACAGUGUACACGAAGCGAACGAAAUAUGUUUGUAGAAUACGAGAAGAAACAUAAUGUGCGCGAAGACAUGAUAAAAGAACUUCAGAAAGAAUUUGCAGAUGUCGAUCUACAAUAUAGCAUUGGCGGACAAAUCAGCUUUGAUGUUUUCCCUAAGGGAUGGGAUAAGACGUAUGCCCUACGUUAUAUUGAAGCGAAUUAUAAAUUUAAGGAAAUACAUUUCUUUGGAGAUAAGACUGAACCUGGUGGUAAUGAUUACGAAAUUUUCAUUGAUCCUCGUGUAAUAGCACAUAAAGUGGCCACACCUGAAGACACCCGACGUAUCCUAACGGAACUGAUACAACUUUGCGAUUGUUGAGCGUAGAUAUAGUAUGCAAUCGGUUGAGCAUGUAUUCUUGUAUUAAAGUUACCCGAGAAAUAUAUAGUUAUGUAAUUUUAUAAACAUUAAA